UUUUCCCUAACCUCAUAAAUGUUAAAAAUCAAAACAAAAUAUUCCAAAAACAAACAUUUUCCUUAAUGUAAAUCAUGAUGGAAGAAAUUCACAAUGAGCACAAUAACUUUAACACUCAGCAUGAUCUGUAUCUACAAGAAAUUGAAGGAAUAGACGAUUAUUGGGGACCUACUUUUAGGGCUAUUUAUGACAAUGACGAGCAUGUAGAAUUUCGCAAGAAGCUGGAGGCAAGGAUUAAACAACAUGACAAAGAUAUUGAGAGACUUUGCAAUGUUUAUUAUCAAGGAUUCAUUGAAUCUGUCCGAGAACUGUUAGAUGUUAGAUCCAAAGCAAAAAAAUUAAAUAGAGAAGUGGUUGAAUUGGACAAAAAUUUACAUGCAGCAGCAAAACCAGUAACAAAAUCAGGAAAUGAACUGCUGCAAGCCAGAAAAGUAGAAAGCAAUAUUGCCAUUGUCAUAACUCAGUUGAAUUUAUGUUUGCCAGUUUUAACUACUUAUUCCAAACUUAAAAAACAAAUAGCUGAGAAAAGAUAUUAUCCAGCUUUAAAAACAUUGGAAGAAUUAGAACAUGUACAUUUACCACAAAUUGUAAACUACAGAUUUUAUGCACAACUUAGAGACAGUAUUCCAAAAAUAAGAGAAAGCAUUGAACAGGCAUCCAUGUCAGACUUAAAAGAUUUUCUGGAAAACAUUAGGAAAUUUUCACCCAAAGUUGGAGAAGUUGCCAUGAGACAUACAAGUGAACAAUUAGCCAGUGAUCCAACUGUGAUAGGAAGAAAAAAGAAGAGAAAUGCUCCUCAGCCGGGUGACUCUAAUGGGCAUUAUUCAGAAGAAGAUCUCAGUGCUCAGGAAUUGAUUGAUUUUUCACCUAUCUAUAGAGGAUUACAUAUUUCAUCAGUAUUAAAAACUUCAGCCACUUUUGAAACUUAUUACAGAGCAGAAAGAACUAAACAAGCAAGAUUGGUUUUACAACCUCCCACAAACAUGCAUGAGUCUGAAGAAAGUUAUAGGAUGUACAUCCAUGCAGUAUUGGGUUUCUUCAUUUUGGAAGACCAUGUUCUGAAUACUGGCAAGGGAUUAAUUACGAGAGCUUUUCUGGAUGAUAUGUGGAACAUGGCACUGUCUAAAAUUGUCACUGCACUUCAAACUCAUUCAGCAUAUUGCACAGAUGCGACUUUAAUACUAAAAAUCAAAGACUUAAUUAUGUUGUUUUGCACAACACUAAGAAAUUAUGGAUACACUGUAAAACCUCUUUGGGAACUUAUGAGGGAACUUAGGGAUCACUACACUGAAGUGCUAAUGCAAAGAUGGGUGCAAGUAUUUAGGGAAAUAUUAUCUAAGGAAGAUUUUCAACCUAUUGCAGUAUUUAGUCAAGAAGAAUAUGAUAAUAUCUUACUGUCAUUUCCUUGGGAUGGUGAUCUUCCAGAUGAUAUACGUUUUCCGUUUUUCUUCCCCUUUUCCAGUAUGGUGCCUACAGUUUACCAACAAGUUAAAGAGUUUAUAUAUGCGUGUUUGAAAUUUUCAGAGGAUCUAAAUUUAAGUCAAGUAGAGGUAGAUGAGAUGAUAAGAAAAUCUAUGAAUCUCCUAUUGACUAGGACCUUUAGUGGAUGUUUAUCGUCAACGUUUCGAAGUCCACAUGUUAACUUACAAGAAAUCAUCCAAAUCAUUGUUGAUACAGGCUAUUUAGAGGAAGCAACAAUCUUUUUAGACCAAUUUAUCUCUAAUAUUACUGGUGAGGAAUCCCAAAGUGUUUCUGGAGGAAUGGUGCAAGGUCAGUCAGUGAUGUUCAGAGUCGCCAGGGAAGAUGCCGUCAGACAGAUUUGUGAAAAACUCAAAGAAAAGAUCAAUCAUUUCCUUGAACUAGAGAACUAUGAUUGGAUUCUAGUAGAACCUUCAGGUCACGCCUCCAGUUUCAUCUCGGAUUUGAUUGCAUUCCUUCAAACAACUUUCCAUAGUUUUACAAACUUACCUCCUGAAGUAGCUCAAGUGGCAUGUAAAGCUGCUUGUGAACACAUAGCAAAUUCAAUAUUUGUUCUUCUAAUGAAUGAUGAAAUCAAGCAAGUUUCUAUGGGUGCUUUAAAUCAGAUUAAUUUGGAUCUACUUCAGUGUGAAUUAUUUGCUGCAUCAGAACCAGUAAAAGGCUUACAAGAAGAUGAUUUGUUGGUUUAUUUUAGUAAAUUAAGGGAAAUUCUCGAUUUAUUCAUUUCUUGGGAUUGGCCAACCUAUUUCCAUGACUUUGCACAAGAAACCAGUAAAUAUAAAAAGGUUGAUCCUGAUACAGCAAUCAUUUUAUUGGAAAAAUUGAAAGAGGGUGACAAGAAAACGAUGUUCACAGUUCUAAAGAAAAGUGAAAGAGACAAGAAGAAACUGUUGGAAACUGUUCUUAAACAGCUAAGGCAACUUUCACAAGUUCCACAGAAAUAAAACAGAUUAUUUUAAUUAUAAUUUAAUUAUGUAUUUAUCCACUAUUUACAAUAAAUCAUUAUAAUGUUUAAAACAAA